AAUCUAUUUACUCAGAGAAGAAGUGGCAGUAGAGGAUGGCAGUGGGAUUGAGGGUAUACUGAGUCGUUUGGAGAAAGAAAAGAAUAUCAAUUUCGGGUUUGGUUUCAAUGAGAAGGAAAUAAGUGCUCAUUUCCCGCAUAAUGAUCACAAAGAUGACUUUCUUCCUCAACUAUCCACCACUAUAGUUGCUGGCCCUGAGAGAAGAAGAUCUAUAUCCAAUACUAGCAGAGGAAUAAUUGAUGAUAGUGGGGGCAAAAUAAGUCACAACCAGUCCUUUUUUGGUGUCGAUGCUCUUAGACAUGGAAGCUCCAUUUAGUUGAAUAUUUGGAGAAAUUGGAGCAUCCAGAGAGCAGGGCCUUCAGACAUGGAAUUUGAAGAUAUUUCAGGAGAUGACACACUUGAAAUAAGAGAUAGAUCUAGUGAAUUGGACAGAAGAAAUGAAUCAAAUUCUUUUCAAAAAGAUAACCCAGAUCAAAUCCACAGUCACCGUGAGCGCCUGGAGUUAGAGCUUUCCUCUGUGCUUCAGUCACUCGGGUCUGAUGCUGAUAAUGUUUCAUUGCAAGAGGAUGACGGAAGCUCCAAGGACGAUUUACAGAAUCUUUCUGAUGCUCUGGAGUUUCAACAAAAUGAAAUCUUGACUGCUCAGGGCAAGCUACGACCCAUUCAGGCAAAAUUGGCAGUUUUGGAAGGAAAGAUGGCACUCUCAAUAAUAGAUACACAAAAGAUUGUGGAACAAAAGCAGAGAAGGAUUGAUGAUGCUUGUAGAGCUUUACAACUUCUUCGUACUGCUUACAUAGUGUGGCUUAAUUCAGCAUCAGAAGUGCUCUUAGCAGGAUCAUUUGAUGGAUGGGCCACACAGAGGAAGAUGGAAAGAUCAAGAACUGGUGUUUUUUCACCGUACUUGAAGUUGUAUCCUGGCAGAUACGAGGUAAGAUAAUUCUGUCAUCUAACCAAAGAUUGUAAAUUAUUAAUGUUCUUAGAAUGAGAGAGACAUUACCUUAUGCUACAGAUCAAAUUCAUUGUUGAUGGUAAAUGGAUGAUUGAUCCCUUGCGCCCCAUUGUUCACAAUAACGGACAUGAGAAUAACCUCAUUAUCACAUAGGUGGAUAUAUUCAACACAGGGAAUUAGAAGAAUUAGAAAUUUAGGUACUAAUUGUUUAACUUCUUCACCUUUUUCAUUUCUUUGUAAACAAGUGGAGUGGAUGCAGAGAACUUUUGUGACAUUGAUUUUUCUAAUAAUAAUAACACGAUUUU